AUGGGGUGUGCUAGCUCCACAGCUGAAGUUGCUAAAGCUUCCAGAGCUGCAUGGCAAAGCUUCUUCCGACUGGAUGGUCUGCCAGUGUCGUUAACUGUGGAUCAAGACCAAAAAAAUCUGCGGCUUCGCAUCGUUGGCUUGGACUGUGCUGAAGAGCUGCCGUUGUUGGAGCAUGCGGUGUUGAAACGAGAUUUGACGAUCAAGGCAGCCACACUGAUCAAGAUCGGUGCCCAUGUGGAUCAGAGCUUCGAGCUGGCACCGGUUUACCACAGUCCCGUGCGCAAGUACCUCAUGCCGAAGAAGCAUGAGGUGAAUGAAGUCACGGUGAGCUCGAGCUCUGCAGAUGAGGUCCGCAAGGUGGUGCCAACCGCAGUGGCAGCAUUACAGGAUGUCGCAGAGAUCGUUAAAGUGUUGCUCAUUGCGGCGCUCUUGAAGACGGAUGCCAAUGCGAUCUCAGAUAUCUUCUUCAUGACUCCUGAUCUCGAGGCCAAUGGCCAGUCAAAGACUGUGGAUCUCCUUGAAGCCGAGUUCAAGCUUGCAGUCUUUGAUCAGUUGCAGAAGAAUACUUCGACGAUCUCCAGGGCGUCCUCCAUACCACCCAACAAGACUGUGACAGAGCAUGUGAGCGAGCAAGCAGCGGGCCAUCAGUCUCAACACCUGCCCCUUGCACUGCGGGAACUGCAGAACGGCUUGGAGUACCAGCUGCAUGGACCGGUGUCCUCUGGUUUGACCAUCACUGGCUUUGAGAAAUUUGUGGGCAUUGGCUUAGCACAGAAGAGCCUCAAGGAUGCCCUGGGCUUCAAGGAUACACACACUACAGAAUCGAAGCCAUUGAUUCUGGAGAUUCGCACAUGCUUUGUCUCUGAGCAGAAGGUGAAGAGCACGGGCCAGCUCGCUGAGAUUCAGCAUUUUUGGGAGCACACCAUCAUGCAAAAGGAGCAAUUUGCGAAUUUCGUGUCUUGGCUGGACAUCUCGGAGCGCACUUGGACGAUUGAUCGCGUCUUCCUGAACGGCAUUCUGCCAGCUGGACAUCGAUAUGGAGCUCAGGCUAUUGCAGAGCACCUCUUAGCACCUCCCUUGCUCUUUUUCCAGUCGAAGAAGGAGUCCCAGAGUCCGAGUUCGGAGGCUUUUUUGAACUCCAUGCCAGAUUUGGAGAAGCUGGUGGUUGCGGAUGUGGUGAAUUGGAACACCUAUUUGCUGAUGGCGGUUUGUGGUCGAACGGAAGCUGAGGCCCGGCAGAAGUUGGGUGACGUCUUAGAUUUCGCCCUGAGCACCGAGCUGAAGGCUGCGAACUUGAAGAAGGAGACGCUGCUGAAAGGUAGCACAUUGGAGGUUUUUCAGAGCACGGUCUUGGGGAAGAUGGUCUCAUCGGCCUUGAAGCUUUGGAAUGAGAAGCUCCAGAGAUCUGUGAAGAUGGUGAGUGCGGAGGUGGUCUACGGAGAGGGUGACGAGAUGAUCUUCGGGGAGAGAAGGCCUCGCAUGGCCGUGGUGGUGCAACUCGCUGAGGAGCAUGCCGAGUUGAGAGCCAAGCAAAAAUUCGGUGCUGUGAAGGAAGUCGUGGAGAGCGAACGCGAUUCGCCAAUGCACGGCAUGGGAAAGUUCCUGGAAGGUGCAUGGGUGAGCCACGAACGAGUCCAGUUUCCUGGCACCAACAACGAGCAACAGUAUUUUGCAGGUCUCUCGAGUGUCAUGACAUGUUUUAUGCACGAGUUGCAAGUGGAGCGCGGUCUUUCCUGCUAUGCCGUGGCUGCAGACCCCACGGUUUUGGUUACAGCCGGGGAGCGCUUGCAGAACCAGCGCACCCGCACCGACAAGGCUGUACAACAACUCUCCGAGAUUUUGCGCCUUGCGCCGGCCCUUCAGGAGAAAGGCUACAUCCAAAGCAAGCACAAGGACCUGUUGGCCGUGCAAGAGAUCUCCGUUGGCUUGGUGUUGCAGAGAGGCCGCGUGAAUGAUGCGAUGCGACACGUGACGCCCAGCUGGAUCAGCCGAUACGAGACCGUCUGCAUGGGAGACACGGGAUACCAUUCACUCAUCGAUCGCAUCAUGAAAACCAUCGUGCAAGCCCUGAGCUUCGCGGCAGAAGGCCUGGAAUCUCCAGAGGCCAAGCAAGUCCCGGACCGGUGUGCCUUCCUGCUGAAGUGCAAAGAAGCCGUUGGUCGAGAGCGAGGUCUGAUGGCAGCGAAAAGUCGUUCGAAACUGGACGACGAGAGCAGAGCCAAGCAGCUCUUCAAGGAAACGACAGAAGGUGGAGAAGAAGCCUUGAAGCGAAUUCUGGAGGAUAAACUCCUUGGACCCGCACCAGAAAGCCAGACUCUGUCAGAUGCGUUGGCAGAGGCACGUUUGCUCUACACGAAUGACGCGAAGGUACCUUCAGACAGGGCAGUGGAAUUAUUUGAGAGGUUUACGCAGUGGAUUCAGCUUGCCUAUGGCCACAUUCAAACUGAGAUUGAGGCUUUGAGUGAGGACAUACCAGCUGAAAGCACGGCUCUGGCCCGUCCUGAAAUGCAGUUGGGCGUGCAGUUCGAGGAGCAAGUGGAUGAUGGGCCGCUUGGGCUCCUGUUGGCGGACAUGGCUGCUAAUGCCUUCAAAAACGUGGUUGUCAUGGCUGGGGCGGGCAUUUCGGUGUCUGCGAAUCUGCCAGAUUUCCGAUCCAAGGGGGGGCUCUAUGACCAGUUGAGGCAGACCACCAACAUCACAACGCCAGAGACCAUCUUCACCAGGCAAUUUCUGAAAGAGCAACCGUUGCUCUUCUACAAGGUGAUGCAGCAACUGAGGGCGGAUCAUGUGUCCCCUACCCUCACGCAUGAGUUCCUGAAGAGGCUGCAGGACAAAAAGAUUCUGAGGAGAGUCUACACACAGAACAUUGACUGCUUGGAGCGCAAGGUUGGCAUUCAAAAGUCAUUGUUGGUGGAAUGCCAUGGGACCACACGAAGAGCGAGGUGCGACGAGUGUCGGACCUUCAUCUCUAAGGAAGAGUAUUUCGACCAAGCCGAUCCACCAAGGUGCAGGUGUGGCAGCGCGCUCCGUCCGGACAUCGUACUUUUUGGAGAACCAUUGCCUGAGAGCUUUAGCCAACACAAGAGCGAUUUCCAAAACGCGGACCUGCUGAUAAUCAUGGGCACUUCUUUGAAAGUUCAUCCUUUCGCCUCUCUGCCCAAGCUCAUCAAGCCCACGUGCGCCUUGUUGGUCAUCAACCGAGAGUUCCCACAGAGCUUGCAGCUGCACCGCCAGGUCCGGACCUUGCGAUCGCGCCUGAGCGGUACCAAGCUGCGGAAGCACGUCUUCUUAGGUGGUGACUGCGACACGAGCGUCCGCUGGCUCAUGCAAGAGCAGGGUUGGGAACAACGAGCAAUUCAAGUCUCCGUCUAA